AUGCAAGAAGUGAAGUUGCAGAUAGCCCAUCACAAAACGGAGGUGCUAUUGGUCAGAAACUGCAAAGUACUACGGCGAGCAGAAAUCACUGUCCGGGAGCAUAUCAUAGUCUCGAAGCGGGUGCUGAAACAGCUGGGCGUAAUGAUAGAUGACCGACUGAACUUCAACACCCACGUCGGCUAUGCUUGCGAGAAGGCGGCCAAAGCUAUAAACGCUUUAGCCAGAAUGAGGGCGAACAACGCCGGGCCAUGCAGCAGCACGAGGCGUCUUCUGGCUAGCGUAUCAUCGUCGAUACUGAGGUACGGAGGCCCGGUCUGUGUUGCAGCGCUAGAGACGCACCGGAAUCGAGUAAAGCUGAGUAGUACGUUCAGGCUCAUGGCCAUGCGGGUCACGAGCGCGUACAGGACUAUUUCAUCAGAGGCUGGAAUGUUCCCUAUCGGAAUCAUCGUAGUGGAAGAUAACGAAUGCUAUAAGCGGAAGGGGAUCUGGGGAAUACGGAAAACAAUGAGAGCUGACUCGAUGGCCAAAUGUCAGUAUGAUUGGGUCUCGACUCAUACCGGCUCUCUCCAUCUGGGUAAACAUGAGGCAUGGUGA